UUUCAGGAUGUAAACGUUGUUCCGGAGGGCUUUGUUUCAAAGCAGCUGAAAUCUGUUCUCUCUGAUAUGCAAGUGGAUGUGGUGAAAACAGGAAUGCUACCUUCUACUGGCAUCGUUCAAGUUCUACAUCAGUGCUUGAAGGAGUUUCCCGUUCGAGCUUUGGUGGUUGAUCCUGUCAUGGUGUCUACUAGUGGAGAUGUUCUGGCUGGUCCUGCUAUUAUUUCAGUGUUACAGGAAAAACUUCUACCAAUGGCGGACUUGGUAACUCCAAAUUUGAAGGAAGCAUCUGCCUUACUUGGUGAUAUGCCACUUACAACAAUUUCUGACAUGCGUCAUGCUGCAAUGUUAAUCUAUCAGAUGGGAUCAAAAAAUGUACUUAUCAAAGGUGGGGACCUGCCCGAUUCAUUGGAUGCGGUUGAUAUAUUCUUUGAUGGCAAGGAUUUGCAUGAGCUACGAUCUUCACGCAUAAAGUCUCGCAACACACAUGGUACUGGAUGCAGCUUAGCAUCAUGCAUUGCAGCUGAACUUGCUAAAGGGUCUUCAAUGUUCUCAGCUGUUAAGGCAAGCAAACAGUUCAUCGAAAGAGCAUUGAGGUACAGCAAGGACAUUAACAUUGGACAUGGACCUCAAGGCCCAUUCGAUCAUCUAUGUUGUCUCAAGAAUCGAGAACCAAGUUCCUACAGUCAGGGAUGUUUCAAUCCAGCUGACUUGUUGUAUGCUGUUACGGAUUCAGGUAUGAAUGAGCGUUGGGACCGUUCUAUCACUGAUGCUGUUAAAGAUGCAGUGGAAGGAGGUGCUACUAUUGUUCAAAUAAGAGAAAAAGAUGCUAAAACUCGUGAUUUCUUGGAAGUAGCAAAGUCAUGCAUAAAGAUUUGUCGUGCACAUGGAGUUCCAUUGUUGAUCAACGAUCGUAUUGACAUUGCACUUGCGUGUAAUGCGGAUGGUGUACACGUUGGUCAGUCCGAUAUUCCUGCUCAUGAAGUUCGCCGCCUUCUUGGCCACAAGAUCAUCGGUGUCUCAUGCAAGACAACGGAGCAAGCGGAACAGGCAUGGAUUGAUGGUGCAGAUUACAUUGGGUGUGGUGGAGUUUAUCCCACUAACACAAAAGCGAACAAUUUAACCGUUGGGAUUGAUGGAUUGAAAAGAGUUUGCUUAGCUUCCAAAUUGCCAGUGGUAGCAAUUGGCGGUAUCAAUCACACUAAUGCAGCUGCUGUGAUGGGAAUUGGUAUCCCAAAUCUUAAAGGUGUUGCUGUUGUGUCAGCUCUUUUUGAUAGGCAAUGUGUUUUAGAGGAGGCCUCAAAGUUACAUGCUACUUUAGUGGAGGCUACAACAUGAUGAAAUGUUUGAAUAAUUUUGUAAUGCUUUGCUUUUUGUAGAAAGCCUUUUGAAAUAAAAAUAAUUGUCACAAUAUAUAUGUCAUGUAAGAUUCUAUUCAUAUAAAGUAGAGCAUAUUUAUAUUCGCUAUAAUAAGCAUUCUGAUGGUAACAAUAAUUGUUAAGUUACCUUUCUAUGUAAAAGUACUUUUUGCAACUUUUGUGAAAUAUAAAAGUUAGAUGGAGGCUCAUACCAACCGUAAAA